AUCUGGAAAAGUGAUAAAAGUCGUGAACGUGAUGUUAUUGUUCAAAGGUGUGAUGUUGACGUCCGUGUUCACGAUUUGAAGAGCUUGGCCGACGCACGCUGGUUAAACGAUACCGUAAUUGACGUCUUUCUCAAGCUAAUCUCUGGCGAAAGGGUCCAUGCAUUCUCGACGUUCUUCUUUACAAACAUUGAAACCAAAGGUUACAAAUCAGUGCAGAAAUGGAUGAAAAGGGCCAAAAGAGAUAUCUCCAAAUUGGACCUCAUCUUGUGCCCUAUAAACGUCCACAGUACCCAUUGGGUCACCGGUGCUAUUGACUUGAAGAAUAAGAAAAUUCUAUACCUGGAUAGUCUUGCAGGGCAUGAAACGUCCCAUGGCUCCAUGGCGUUGAACUUGUUAAACGACUACCUAGUGCAGGAGUGUAAGAAACAGGGCAACGAAUCGUUAAGCGAUGGGUUCACGUCCGAGCAAAUCGUCAACUGUCCACAACAGAUGAACGGCUACGAUUGUGGUGUAUUCACCUUGAUGAAUUGUCUAUGCUUGUCAGAGGGGGAAACGCUGAACUAUCAGCCAUCGCAGGCAACCGCUUUUAGAAGGUUUGUUGCGCAUAGAAUACUACACGGUUGA